CUUACCAAGACUAAUUUCCGCCGACACAACAGUCCACACUCGACACUACCCCACUUCAGAGCCUCCAUGGGCAUUGCAACAUCAGCAUACAUCCUGACAGCGAACUAGCCGUUCAAAGCUCAGGUCCCUCGGCCAUGGCAACGCCCACCCGGCGGGCCGCGUCGCGCUCGGCUGCUCCUUCCUCAUCGCGUAGCACAAAGGCGUCGAGCAAGGCCGGGGCACCAAUGUCCCCUCUGGGGCAAAGAGGAUCAGAUAUCCCUAUAGACCCUUCACUGCUCGUCGAGGACGAUGCCCUCCAAGACGACAUUGACGCAGAGGGCGAGGUCGAUGACGGCGUUGGCUACUAUCUUCCUGAUGGGGGAUACUACUACGCGCCGGUAGCAGUGCCAGUCCCAUUCGACGCGUACGCCGCCCCUGGACAGGACCUACCGCUCGGGGCCGACAUCCCACUCCUCGCCAACCAAACCGGCCAGUCUGCUCCUUCCCUAUCACUCGACCCAGCACGAUACAGCUCGGCCGUGCCAUCUUCCAUGGGCUCGCCUGUUUCGACCUUGUCGACUGGCACCGUCAAGCGGAAGCGCGGCCGGCCGCCAAAGAACCCAGCUGCCCAUGCCAAUGGCAACGGCAACUCGUCGGCUUCGACGUCAACACCGCGUGCGCCCAAGGCCAACGGUACUGCGAGCUCCUCGUCCAAGCCAAACGGUACUACCAACGGCACCCGUCUCGCUGUCGUCCCAGAAACCAUCUGCAGCUUAUGCGGUGGGACAGACAGCAAGAACAAGAACGGCCAGAAGGAGAAGAUGGUCAGCUGCGUGCGCUGCGGCCGCAGUGGCCACCCGUCUUGCCUUGGCCACAACAACCCCGCAGUCAUCAAGAAGAUGAUGAGCUACGACUGGUGUUGCAUCGAGUGCAAGCCAUGUGAAGUGUGUCUGGUGCAAGGCGACGACCACAAAUUGUUAUUCUGCGACGGCUGUGACCGCGGAUGGCAUAGCUACUGUUUAAAUCCCCCGCUUGAGACUCCUCCCAAGGGAUCUUGGUACUGUCCGAAGUGUAUUGCCGAUGGAGAUUUCGCAUCUUCAUCCACUGCCGCAACGCCAACGUCCUCCAAACUGCAUCUCACGAAACCAACUGCUCCUCCAAGCUCAUCAAAGAAGGGCAAGGGACGAGCCGUUGACCUCGAUGUCGAUGCCACGCCCAAGGCAGCUGUGCCCCGUGACCGCAAGGGACGCGCGAGCACCACUCUGUCUCGUGAUGCGAGCCCAGCAGCACCUAUUAUCCCAAAGAUCAAGCUCAAGGCGAAUGGCCAGCCGGCACGGCCUCGAGGGAGGCCGCCAAAGAAUCCUCGCCCCCCACCCACAGACGAUGAGGCUCCCACCCCCGCUCCCAUUGUCGUCCGAUUGCGUGUCACGAGUGGUGGCAAGAAUAAUCUCGAGGUGGAGGAAGAGGAGGAGGAGCAAGUCCCCUACGGAGGGGUCUUGACUGGUGACGAUGCCGACCAGUCGCGGACAGCCAUCACAGAUGCCGACAAGUCCUUGUUCGACAAAUCAAGAAAGGGAGCCGAGGCCAGGUUGGGAGGACCGCCACCACCACUCUGGGACCCCCAAGCUAUGAUUGCCUCACCCGCGCCAUCACGACCCUCCACGCCGUUUGGGGGUAAGCCCACCCCCAGUCGACAGACUUCCGCCAAGGAGCCUCCGUCUACACCAACGCCGUCGAACUCCAUCUUGGCUACGCCGUCGACCGCACGACCCCUGCGCGACCGUGUCCUGUUGCAGCAAACCAGCACGCUGAGCGGCGCCCCGUCCGAUGCACUGCUCUCCACGCCGAUCAAGCCUGGGUCAGCAACUCCCACGGCUGGGUCAUCCCGACCACAGAAGAUUAACAAGGUUAGGUUUGGUCAGUACGAUAUCGACACUUGGUACCAGGCGCCGUACCCAGAAGAGUACGCCCAAGUGCCAGAUGGGCGACUCUGGCUCUGCGAGUUCUGCCUCAAGUACAUGAAGAGCGGGUUCGUCGCCGGCAGGCACCGGCUCAAGUGCAAGGCCCGCCAUCCUCCUGGAGACGAAAUCUACCGCGCUGGAAAUGUCUCCGUGUUCGAGGUCGAUGGCAGGAAGAACAAGAUCUAUUGCCAGAAUCUGUGUCUCCUCGCCAAGAUGUUCCUCGAUCACAAGACGCUCUACUACGAUGUCGAACCAUUCCUCUUCUACGUCAUGACCGAGGUGGACGAAAUUGGCGCCCGAUUUGUCGGCUACUUCUCGAAAGAGAAGAGAAGUCCCGAUAACAAUGUCAGCUGCAUCAUGACAUUGCCUGUUCGGCAACGCAAGGGAUGGGGCCAGCUACUCAUCGACUUCAGUUACCUCUUGUCAAUGAAGGAGGGUCGAGUCGGAGGACCUGAGCGCCCGCUCUCUGGCCUAGGCGCGCUUAGCUACAAGAGCUACUGGCGCACAGUCGUCUUCCAAUACUUGUCGAACGCACCAGAGCAUCUGACACUGGAAGACAUCUCCGCUGCUACCUCAAUGACGCUCGAGGAUAUCUAUACCACCCUCCGCGACCAGCGCAUGAUUACUGGCUUCGAAUCCCCACCACCGUCUACUCCACUUGCUCGUCCGAAACCCCGUGGUCGUGGCCGACCGCCCAAGAAUCCACGCCCACAGCCGGUGGCAGACGAUGACACGCUGGAAGGCAAGGUACCAAAGGUCAUUGUCCCCAAGCGGUACCGAAUCGUUCCGAACCGCGAGGUGAUUGCAGCGGACCUAGCCAAGUACGAAGCCAAGGGAUACCUCAAGCUCCAGCCCGAGCGUCUCAAAUACACGCCAUUCCUCACCACACGUUCGGCGCCUCAACCCCCACCUCUGGCUUCUGCUGUUUCUGGUAACCGCGCUGCUAUCAAGAAUGCGGAGCGACCCAGAGGCUUCGAGUCAGCAACGCCGUCGUCUGGGAACAAGGACGUCUUGGCAACACCCGUGGACGAGAACGAGGAUGGUCUCGGAGAGGCUGACGCCGAGGGCGAGCCGGUGACGCCGGAUCCACCCGAGAAGAUCAACGCCGGAGAGGACAAGGCCACGCUGGAGCUUGUCGCUGCUCUCUCAUCGUCGCCUGUUCGAAGCCUGCGCAAGCGCCCAAGCAAUGAAGCGAGCGUGGAGGGUUCGCCGAACAAGCGCCUGAGGAGCAGCCUUGCCCCAUCAAGCAUGAGCCCAGGCGACGGGAUGAGUCGACGACGGAGCUUGCGCGGUGUGACGGGGGCUGAGAUUGAAACGGCCACGCCGGUACGCUCGCCGCGCAAGACUGUCAACCACACGUCGCGGCGGGGCUCGACGCAAAGCACUCCUAGAAACAGACGGCCGAGUGCAGCGACUGCAUCGUGGGAAGAGGACGAGGACGCCUGGGGCGACGAGGAUGCCGAAGGCGAGGACGACGAAGAAUACAUGGAGGUGUAGCGUAAGUGUGUUAGACUGUUAGUGUAUCUACUUGGCAACAGCCGCCCCACAGGUGUGGAGAAUGUACAGAGUUUGCAAACAGUGGGAGGGGGGAAGAGCGGCGUUGCGAGCGGACGUUGCCGCGGGCCGAGAAUGGACAUGAGAUGACAUGUGAUUGUCUCCGUCACUGGGAGAGCGGAAUCGAGUGAGC